UCCCUGGCUCCCCUCGUUCUGCAGCUCCUAGGAACCUCCUGUGCUUCCAGCUUCAAGCUCCAGUCCUCUGUUCCUCUUGACAUCUGAGAAGCUCUGCUGCAGCUUGUCCUGGGCUAACUGUUUAUCCUGCACAGCCUGCCAGCCAGCCGCUUGCUCCGGAUUACCACAGGGCGCCCAUUCCCAACCUCAUUUUGCUUUCUGCUCUGACUGUUUGAUUUUUUUUUUGUCAGUUUAAUGGAAAAGUUUUGGGAAAGUAACCUGGAUAUGCGCUUGUGAUUUUUCUUUUCCCUGUUUUCGGUUGAUUUUCCCGGCUUCACCACUUCCUCGAACCCAUCCCACCCUCACCGGAGGGCCUCGCGUGUUCGCACUCAAUGGAUCACACGCUGUUCGGCUGCCUGCGGAGCCCCCACGCCCCGGCGCAGGCCCUGCAUCCCGCCUUCACCCAGUCCCCGCUCACUCUCCACGGACGCACGGAUCACAUCUCCUACCCCGACCUAGCGUCUUCCUCGUCCUCCUCCUCCACCUCCUCGCCCUCCCCAUGCAUUAUCUCCGGCUACACGGGCGACGACGGCCUGUUCCCAGGGCAGCACCACCACCAUCGGAGCCACCUGCCCUCCCAGCAGCAUCACCACCAGCCUCAGCACCACACGUCCUGGCACAUCCCACAGAUGCCGUCACCUGGCGGCGGCGCACGCCACGGCCUUUGCCACCCGCAUUCCCUCUCGUCCCAUGAGAACGGGCCCACGCCUCCAGACCUGGGCCACCCCGGUGCACCCAGCAUAUGCGCUAGCACCCCGACUUUGGGUAGCGGCAGCACCCCGACGGGGGCUUCCUGUGUGCCCGCAGACUUCGGCAGGCAGACUCUGUCACCCGCUGAAGCGGAGAAGAGGAACGGCAAGAGGAAAAGUGACAGCUCAGAGUCCCAGGACGGGAAUUACAAGCCAGACGUGAGCAGCAAGCCGAGGAAGGAGAGGACAGCGUUCACCAAGGAGCAAAUUCGAGAGCUGGAGGCCGAGUUCGCGCACCACAACUACCUGACCCGACUAAGGCGCUACGAGAUCGCCGUGAACCUUGACCUCACUGAAAGACAAGUGAAGGUGUGGUUCCAGAACAGGAGGAUGAAGUGGAAAAGAGUGAAAGGAGGCCAGCAGGGCGCGGCAGCUCGUGAGAAGGAACUGGUGAAUGUGAAAAAGGGAACGCUUCUGCCGUCGGAGUUCUCGGGCAUCGCGGCGCUCCAUCACUCGACGGACUCCUUAGCCAAUGAGGACAGUCACGACAGCGAUCAGAGCUCUGAGCACGCUCACUUAUGAUGCCCAGGCACACACACCACCCGCCCCCUUCGCCCGCCUCGGACCUCCCCCAGAAGGAGCUGAGUUGGACGACACAACGGCGCUGAGCGACGCCAAACGCAUCGGAGAGACGUUUGUUUGAAAAAUAGCUGCAGGCAUGAUGGGACUUUUUUGCACCUUUAUAGAUUUUUCAUGUUUUUAGUUGUUUUUGUUUGUCACACCUAAAUGUUUCAGAAUGUCAAAAU